AUGAUCUUCUGGAACCACAUAGUCUCCCUCUACAUCCUCCUCAUCGACGCCGCAAUCCCAAGCGCCAUAGUCUGGGCCUUCGCAACCUGGACUCGUCCCAUCUUCGCCAUAAUGGCAGCUCUCUGGCUCCUGGGCGAAUACGCACUGGACUGCGUUGACGCCUACGAUAUUGGUGCGCAGCAGGGCUGGCCGCUUCUCGAGAAACAGAAUAUGGCGUGUCAUUUUAUCUCGGUUUUUUAUUAUCUGGUUGCGUUGGGGGGUAUUUAUUGGAGGUUUAGAGAGAGACAGCGGGAGGCGCUUCGGCGCGAGUCCUUGCCGUAUGUGAGAUAUUGA